AUGGCGCUCUUCCGAUCUCUUGCUCACCAAUUCAAGACUAUUUCCGUGGCCGUUCCCCGCAUCGCAUCCCAGACUUCACGCUUUGCUGCCAUCCCUUCUGCCUCUCCUAUGUUAUGCUUGUCGACAAUAGCGAUGCGUACAGCUAUUGUCUUUCCACAUUUUCAGGUUCGCGCAAAGGGCUAUAAGCUCAAGACCAAAGCAGCCGUCAAGAAGCGUUUUAAGGUCAAUUGCAACGGUCUCGUCAAGCGCGCACAGGCGAAUAAGCGCCACAUUGCUACAAAAAAGACACGUGAGCGCAUCCGUCGUCUUGGCAAGUCCGUCUUUGUGCAGGGUCAGAUCCGCAAGAAUGUGCUUCGGAUGCUUGGCAAGUAA